AUGCCAGACGAAAAAGUGGUUACCGGCAGCUGUCUCUGUCGCAAAAUUCGCUACGAGGCCACUGGCGCCCCAGUGAUGAACGUGCUUUGCCACUGCGACAAUUGUCGCAAGGUCACCGGGUCCAUCUGCAUGGCCAAUAGCAUGUAUCUCAAGCCACAACUACGCAUCCUAUCUGGAGAGGACAAUCUCAAGAAAUAUGAUGACAACCAAACAGAUUCCGGCAAUACUCUGAAUCGAUCUUUCUGCUCGGAUUGCGGAUCCUGUCUAUUUAUCACGAGAACGGUUGAUGGGGUGAUUGGACAAUUUGUGAUUAUUACUUCUGGGACGUUGGACUUGGGUGGCGGUAAAGAGGAAUGGAUUCCUCAUAAGGAGUUUUAUUGCAAGGAUCGGGCAUCUUGGUUGCCGCCUUUGGAGAAUACUGUUCAGUCGACGGAGACUGGUUAUCUUCCCCGCAAAGCCAAUCCAGCCGCUUAUCUCUUUGUCUUCCCCGAGGACCUUUUCGCAUCCGACAGAGUCAUGGCCGCUAUUCAAAGAGUACGUACUGGAUGUUGGACAUGCCGUUCACGUCGUAUUAAAUGCGAUGAAAGCCGCCCAAUCUGUCGACAUUGUGCCCGUAACGAUAUCACAUGUGGGUAUGGAAUCCACUUGGUAUGGAACGAAGAGUCGAUCACGCGUGGUGUUUGCCAUGGAAGGGCUGGUGUUUGGUCGAAAAAAGCUGAGACUGAGAGGAGUGACAUGGGCGCAUCGCGACAAGAGAAAAGCUCUAAAGACCAACAAUCACGUCGGCUGAAGCUGUCGAGUCGCUCAAAUCGGAUCUGGAUGUUUCUGAAUACAACCACAAGAGAUCUCGAGAUCCACUGCAAUAAUAGCCUUGGUGGAACCAGACUGAAAUCGUCGAGAACCGAUCGCUUGUCAUCAGGAUUGAGUACAAUCCCAGCUGCAGACAGAUCAGAUUACGAUCCUGUCCUCAUGUCAUACUUUGAGCAUAUAAUUUGCAGCAGCUCAACACUUGUCGAUAAUGCUCAUUAUAAUCCAUAUCGCUACCUCAUUCUUCCCAUGGCUCUCGAGUCAAAGGGACUCUACCAUGCUGCAUUGUCGAUUGCCGCCAACACGCUUGGGUUAUCCGACCCUAAAUACCGACUUCCAGCAUUGGAGCAUCACAAUCAUGCACUGAGUCAUCUGCGAGGGCUUUUCACUCAUGAGACUUGGGAAGAGAAAGAGCUGGACGAAAUAAUAGGACUGGUUCUCAUGUUGUGCUGGUUUGACAUAUCUGAUAAUAGUCGCCCGUCUUGGGUCACCCAUCUGAACGGUUUCCAAAAUUUGAUCCGCACGAGGCAAGAACGGCCAGGUCGGUCACCGCACAGUCAAGAAUUGGCAGGUUUCUUUAACCGCUACUUUGCAUUUCACUUGGUACUUGCUAGGACAGCGUUCAGAGUUCAGCACUCGCCAAUUCUGCCAAACAAUCUACUCGAGCCUUCUGAUACUAUUGACCUUUAUAUGGGAUUCAGUUCUUCGCUACUCCUGCUCAUCAAUCAAGUGGCCGAGCUGGCAUGCGUUCCAAGCAAUGGAAAAAUACAAAUAGAUAUUGCAACUGUUUCCCGAUUGAAGAAAAGUCUUGAAGAGGUCGCGCAAGUCGUACCUGAAGAACACGUUCAUCCCAACACAGAAUGCGCAUCAAUUGCAGAAGCAAAUAGACUCGGAGCACUUCUCUUGCUUCAGGAGAUCUGCUCGCUAAGAAGAACUGGACUUGGAAAUGCUCAUCUCACUCAAAUUUUUCAGGGAAAGAACAACUACGUGGGGCAAAUCCUAAGAUUGAUUUUAGCGAAAAAGGCCAAUAUGAUGCGUACAGCGGUCUUGCCCCUCUGGCCACUUUUUCUGGCUGGAUGCUGUGUUCGCGAAGAAGAGGAAAGAGUUGUUGUGUUACAGCUGUUUGAAGACCUGGAAAGUAUUCGUCGGUUUGGAAACAUUGCUCCGGCAAUGGAGGUUGUUGAAAUGGUCUGGCGACAAAGAGAUCUUUCCGUACAAGAUGAACGAAAGCGUCAGAAAGGCAGAAAUGCAAUUAAGGGAAAUGAUCCUCUGAAAGGGGCUUGGUUCACAUGGGAACAUGCUAUGUUAAUGCUGGGUGGGUGGAAGCUCAGUUUGACAUAA